AGGUGUGUGAUGGAGCAGCUCCAGCUGGAGUAGCAUUGCUGGACAUCAUGUCACGCUGGGACACACAGAUCUGUGGAGACAGGAUACUACUGUGGUAGACUGGGGGAAGUCCUACUUCUAUGAUCAGCAGAUCACAUCCGGCUCCUUCAGCUGUCCUCCUAAAUUAGCCGCGGCUUCGUGAACUAAGAUUAAUACACAGUCCAAUGCAGCAGAGGAACAAGGCACUGUGAAGGAAGAGGAAAAUACUGCUUUGCCUUUGACGAACUCACAGUGAAAGAGGAGAAGAAGGACAGAACAUGACUUUUCUUCAACACUCCUUGGUGGUUGGUCCCUGGACAUCAUCCAGAUGCCUUGUCAUUGUCACGCCAGCGUGCGAGAUCGCCCCCUAGACUCCUUGACCCAGGAAAACAACCUUCUCCUCAGCAGCCUCCUCCCAUGUCUGAGUCUCACCAUGUAAUGCAGACAGAGAGGGGAGUUGAGAAUCUGUGUGCUGCAGGAUAUGAGUAGCGGUCACUCUGCCACAGACGACGAGACCUGUCUGCAGGGAGGAGGAGGGGCAGGGGAGGAGCAGCAGAGAGCCAUGCAGCCUCAGUCUGAGGAACUCUUGACCAGGAAACUAAAGGCCCUGAACGGCAGCAUGGGGCCCCCAGCCCAGGGGACACAGCAGGGCAACAAGCCUGAUGGUGGUGGUGGUGGGGGGAAGACCAACGGGACAGGGGAGACAGGGGGGACAGGGACCACAGCCAUGCCCAAGAUGGGUAUCCGAGCCUGGGCUACAGACUGGCCUCCCGCCCCCCGGAGGGAUAUCUGUGAUGGAGGAGGCCAAAACUCCCCCAAAUACGAGAGCAUCGUCACGGCGUUCCAUAACGACCAGCAGCCUCUCGAACAAUCAGGAGCGGCGAUACAGUCACAUGACCAGCCCCCUAUAGACUCUGACUACAGUGAAACUGUUGAGUCGGGGGAGGAUCCCAGGUACAGUCUGUCCGACCUAUUAGGACGCUCCCCUUUAAAGGGGGCGGGGCUCCAUCCCAUCCGCCAACGUUCCAACAGUGACGUCACCAUCAGUGAUAUCGACAGCGAGGACAUUAUAAUGGACGGUACUGCAGUGAACCCCAACACCGGCGCAGCUCUCCACCGGGAGUACGGCAGCACCUCCUCUAUCGACCGGCAGGGCCUGAGCGGGGACGGGUUCCAUACGCUGCUACGGGGUUACCGUAUCGACACCUUAGACCACACCCUCCACACCCUGACACACCCACAUCACUCCAUGCCCCACUCACUGCUGGGUUUACCUGAGCUGCUGCAGCGCUAUGAUACCUCCCUCUCUCCCAGCCUGCAGACUGCCACCCAGAUCUCCAGAGGGGAGAUAGUGAGGAUGUCAGGGUACGACUACGUGGAUCCCUCCAUCUUCUACUCCAGAGAGAGAGAGAAGAACUUCAUGGGACGCCUGAAGUCUGACUCAUCUGAGACCUCUAUGUUCAGGAAGCUGAGGACCAUCAAGAGCGAAGGAGAUGGGUUCAGGCUGUCUCUGGAUCAGGAUGACAGGAGACCCCUCAGCUUCCAGAAGUGCUUUGCCCACUACGACGUGCAGAGUGUCCUGUUUAACAUCAGUGAGGCCAGUAGGGCCACUCUCAGCCAGAGGAAGAACACAACCACUGGGGCCUCGGCUGCUUCCCAACCUGGAGCCAGAGGGGGACCAGGACAUGGGCCUGGAGGUGGCCCGGGGACAGGGGUAGGACUGGGGGCAGAGGGAGGGCAAGGAGGUGGUCUUAGUAGUGGAACUACCAGUACCUCCAUGUUUGAGUCUCCUCUGGGCUCCCGAGAGGACCUGAACCCCAAAGAGACCCUGGACCAGGACGAGGGCGACGGGAAGAACAACAGACUAGUCCUGGGGUGCCCCCACUUCCGUAAUGAGAUCGGUGGAGAAGGGGAGCGCAGAAUCAGUCUCUCCAGGGCGACCAACACCUCUUACAGUGGUGGAGGAGAGAGCUGCAGCUUCGAGUCCUCCCUCUCGUCCCACUGUACCAACGCUGGGGUGUCGGUGUUGGAGGUCCCUAAAGAGAACCAGCCUAUACACAGAGAGAAGGUGAAGAGAUACAUUAUAGAACAUAUUGAUCUGGGAGCAUUCUACUACCACAAGUUCUUCUAUGGGAAAGAACACCAGAACUACUUUGGAGUGGACGAGAACCUGGGUCCAGUAGCAGUCAGCAUCAGGAGAGAGAAGCUGGAUGAAGGGAAGGAGAAGGAAUGGAUGCAGUAUAACUACCGGGUCACCUUCAGGACCAGUCAGUUAACAACCCUACGUGGAGCAAUCCUGGAGGAUGCAGUCCCCUCCACGGCGAGACAUGGUACAGCCCGAGGCCUUCCUCUAAAAGAGGUUCUGGAAUAUGUGAUGCCUGAACUCAACAUCCAUUGUCUCCGUCUGGCCCUCAACUCCCCCAAGGUCCCCGAGCAGCUCCUCAAACUGGAUGAACAGGGGUUGAGUUUCCAGCACAAGGUGGGGGUGCUGUACUGUAAGGCGGGCCAGAGUACAGAGGAGGAGAUGUACAACAACCAAUCAGCUGGUCCCGCCCUCGAUGAGUUCCUCGACCUAUUGGGACAGAGAGUGAAACUGAAGGGAUUCACCAAGUACAGAGCACAGCUCGACAACAGGACUGACUCAACAGGAACCUACUCCCUGUACACCACCUAUAAGGACUAUGAACUGAUGUUCCAUGUGUCAACGCUGCUCCCCUACACCCCCAACAACAGACAACAGCUCCUGAGGAAGAGGCACAUAGGGAACGACAUUGUGACCAUUGUGUUUCAGGAACCGGGGACUCUGCCCUUCACCCCUAAAAACAUCCGCUCACACUUCCAACACGUCUUUGUCAUCGUCAAGGUCCACAACCCCUGUACUGAGAACGUCUGCUACAGCGUUGCUGUCUCUCGUUCUAAAGACGUCCCUCUGUUCGGCCCUCCAAUCCCCAAGGCAGUGACCUUCCCCAAGUCCGCUGUGUUCCGAGACUUCCUAUUGGCCAAGGUCAUCAAUGGGGAGAACGCCGCCCACAAAUCUGAGAAGUUCCGUGCCAUGGCAACCAGAACGCGCCAGGAGUACCUCCGCGACCUGGCCGAGAACUUCGUGUCCACGGCGACCAUGGACUCGGCUGUGAAGUUCAGUUUCAUCACACUGGGAGCGAAGAAGAAAGAGAAGGCCAAACCUCGUAAAGACGCUCACCUGUUCUCUGUCGGCGCCAUCACCUGGUCCGUCACCGCACGGGACUUUGGCCAAUCAGCAGACGUGGACUGUCUCUUGGGCGUGUCCAACGAGUUCAUCAUUUUAAUAGAGGAGCAGUCUAAGAACGUGGUCUUCAACUGUUCCUGUCGUGACGUCAUCGGAUGGACAUCUGGGAUUAUUAGUAUCAAGAUCUUCUACGAGAGAGGAGAGUGUGUGCUGUUGUCUGCCCAGGAUGGCUGUGAAGAAGAUAUACGAGAAAUGGUGCAGAGACUAGAGAUAGUGACGCGUGGUUGUGAGACAUCUGAGAUGACACUGCGUCGGAACGCUCUGUGCCAGCUGGGUUUCCACGUCAACUUCGAGGGCAUCGUGGCCGACGUUGAGGCCUUCGGGUUCGCUUGGAAGGCGGGGCUUCGCCAGGGUAGCCGAUUGGUGGAGAUCUGUAAGGUUGCCGUAGCAACGCUGACCCACGAACAGAUGAUCGACCUGCUGAGAACCUCCAUCGUCGUCAAGGUGGUCAUCAUCCAGCCUCAUGACGAUGGAGCGCCACGCAGGGGAUGUUCUGAGCUGUACCGUAUCCCAAUGGUAGAGUAUAAAUUGGACAGUGAGGGGACGCCAUGUGAGUACAAGACCCCAUUUAGACGAAACACCACCUGGCACAGGGUACCCACGUCAGCAGGUCAGCCGUCCAAUCCCAACACCCGGUGCUCCCCCACCCAGAGACACCCCGACCGGGCAGGCAGAGACAGGAUGGGACAGCAGGUCCUUCAGCAGGGACAGACUGCUAUCCCACGAUCCACCUCCUUCGAUAGAAAGCUGCCAGAUGGAUCCAGGGCUGACUGUGAGAACCCGCAGGUGACCGUGUGUAAUAAGGGAGACCAGCACUACCGCAGUUCCCCUAGCAACCAGUCGUCGUCUAGUGACCCAGGACCCUGUGGAAGUGGAACCUGGUCUCAACCUCCUGGAUACGACGGGUCCUCGGUCCUCCAUGAGUGCUCCAGAGAGCUACAGGGGGAGACAGAGAGGGGUACAGGGACACCCUCAAAGAGCAAACCCUUGAGAGUACCCGAGGCCAAGUGGCACAUCCCCUCCACCAAGAUACUCAACUCUCGGAAACAGAGGGAUGGGGGCAAGGAGUCGCCCAACAAGCAGAACCGGGGGGGAGAGAAGACAUCCAGUCACUCCAGCUGUAACACCCUCUCCUCCAACGCCUCCUCCAAUAACAGUGAUGAUAAACACUUUGGCUCUGGAGAUCUGAUGGAUCCUGAGAUCCUGGGGUUGACGUACAUUAAAGGAGCCUCAACAGACAGCGGGAUCGACACCAACCCCUGUAUGGGGCCUGGGGGGAGGUUACUAAUGCAGGGGGGUUGUGGGGGUGAGGGGGGACACACCAAGGAUGGCUGCGAAGGAGAGGAUCAUGGGAAACUUUACCUGCCCCAAGGAUAUGCGUCAGCUAUCAUGAGUGGUCACGUGACAGAGGGAAGCAUUGGGGACCUGAGUGAGAUCUCAUCACAUUCACACUCCUCCCACUCCAGUGGGUCCCACCACAGUGGCAGUCCCCUCGCGCGGGGAGCCCGGUACUGUGUAUCAGCUGACUCCUCCCGGGUCUACACAUUCCCUCAGACCAGCUCAGGGGCAGGCCCUGGGCAAGGGGCAGGGCUAGAAGCCAGUGGACAGACACGCCCACUUCCUGGUUCCAAACGCCUGAUGAAGACUGAAGACUCGCCCACUAACGAAGAGCCUGAACUGUUAGAGUGUGGGCAGUUGUACCUCCAGGAGGCAGCAUGUCACCAGGCAGCAGAUAGGGAGAUAGAGGCCAAGGCCCUGGAGAAGCUGUCUAAAGAAGAGUACCUAAAGAUGAUGCUGGAGGACAGUGGCCCAGGGGAGGACGGACGGAGGAAGAUGUCUGCGACGGGCAGCCUAUCACCACGGCGCUCCCUGUACCGUACCCUAUCAGACGAGAGUGUGUGUAGCAGCAACAGAAAGGGCUCGUCCUACGCCUCCUCUCAUAGCUCCAUGCUGGACCAGGCGCUGCCCAAUGACAUCCUGUUCUCCACCACUCCACCCUAUCACGCCACCCUGCCACCACGCAUGCCAGGACAGGGGGGCUCCAACCUCAGGAAUGAGUUCUGGUUCUCUGACGGCUCGCUGGCUGACAGGUCAAAGUUCAACGACCCUGGUCUCAUGCCCCUCCCUGACUCCGCCUCCGGACUCGACUGGUCACACCUGGUAGACGCUGCACGCACUUUCGAAGACCAGCGGGUGGCGUCUUUCUGCACCAUGACAGACAUGCAGAGGGCCGAGGCGCUCCAAAUCUCAAAGGAACUGACCAGACGCGUGGCUGCAGCUGAGGGGGCCGCCCUAGAGGCAGGGAACAACUCCCCCUCCACUCUGACUGGUAAAGUCAACCAACUGGAGGUGAUCCUGAGACAACUGCAGUAUGACCUCAGAAAGGAGAAGGAGGACAAAAUGUUGCUGCAGGUAGAGGUGCAGCACCUGAGACAAGACAACAUGAGACUACAGGAGGAGAGUCAGACAUCAGCCGCUCAACUCAGGAAGUUUACUGAAUGGUUCUUCCACACUAUCGACAAGAAACCCUGAAACUCUACUGGACUAUUAAUGCCCCUGGGGAACAAUGGAACUCUACUACCCCAGGGCGUAACAGAACUCUGAGGACUACUGCCAUUCUACUGCACUGAGAGAGACCUACUGCCCAAGGAGCAAUGGAACCCUCUA